GCGACACAACAAACCGGUCAAAUCAGACUGACAACUUCACAGACUCUGGGUGUUUGAGUUGUACCGGUUUAAUACUUUACACGAGGACACGCACAACGCACAAGUCUACAUUACAUUUGAACGAACCUCUGUAUAGCUAUCAAGGAAAAAACGAUCUCAGCUCCAUUGAAAAUGGAUUCUAAAAAGAAUGUUUUUGCCAAACUCAGAGACAAAACUAAGCCAUUGUUUAAUGUAAAAAUGGGGAGGAAAGGCAAAAAGACUCCCCUGAAAUACAGAAGGAGUAUCUCAGUACCAGACUUGUUAAGUACUCAAUCCAUGUCAUCUUUUCUAGACCUAUCUGGUGAGUCUUCAUCCACAGGCCCAUUUGCUAGGUCGAAUUUGUUUGUUUCAGAUGAUACUAAGUGUGAAACAUCCAGUCUUACUGACAGUCUCACUGCCACAGACACAACAUCUGCAAAAGGCACUGACUCAUGCACUGCCCCAGGCACUCCACUUUCCAAAAGUGCCCUGGGCCAGUGCAAUGCUACAGACCUAUCUCUGGAUCAAGCUAGUAUCCCAAAUACGCCAUCUUCAGCCAGGCACCUGGACAAAUAUACUGCCCCAUACAUACCAGCCAAGGUUGUGGACAACCCGCUACUUUCAGCCACCCCACCAACAAUCAUAUAUCCUACAUCAGAGCGGCCAGCAUUUGUGAAUGCACCAGGCACAAAGGAAAGUUUAGAGAAACAGACGGAGGAGAAGGAAAGAAACACCACGUGGUACAUAGAGGACAGUGAGUCAGCUUGUAGCACACCAUCUGAGGACCGCUCAUUCAGCUACUGGCCUCAAGAUCAUGACCUGGCAGGGUUAGAUCCUGUUUCACCAAGGUUUACAGAGAUGUUUAUAAUCGGCUCAGCUGAAGACACAAAUGAAGUUUCCAAUGAGACCAAUGACUAUGACACCAAUUUCUCACCAAAAGAAAUAAAAAGCUCGGGAGUAAGCAGUGAAGGCCAGGCUACUGCAACAGGACAGAAGACUCAUUAUCUUCUCACCAUCAACUUAAAGGAGGGAAGGAACCUAGCCAUCAAAGACCGCUGUGGUACCAGUGACCCUUAUGUCAAAUUCAGAAUAGAUGGCAAGACGGUCUACAAAAGCAAGGUUGUGUACAAGAACCUUAAUCCUGCGUGGAACGAGUGCUUCUCCAUCCUUGUCAGGGACCUGGAGCAAAAUGUCUAUGUUAAGGUGUAUGACCGGGAUCUAAGAUCACGGGACUUCAUGGGCUCAAGCUUAAUCCCGCUCAGUACCUUGGAGUUGGACAAAACAUCUGAGAUGAUCCUACGUUUGAAAGACCCUGGCAGUCUGGAAGAGGACAUGGGAGUAAUAAUCUUAGACGCCUGCGUGUCCAUCUGUGAGGGGCCCACCAAACGAAAUAAAUGGCCUCUUAAGAGGAAAGGAAGCUUCAAUAAGGGUCAGCUUCGAGCGGCUGCCGUGCAGAAAAGCCAAUUGUGGUGUGGAGUAUAUACUGUGGUGCUUGUGGAAGGGCAGGACAUGCCUGAUGGUGGCCAAGGGGAUCUAUUUGUUCGCUUCAAACUGGGAGAGCAGAGGUUCCGAAGUAAGAAUCUGUGCAUUAAGACAAAUCCACAGUGGAGGGAGAGGUUUGAAUUCAACCGUUUCGACGAUGGCCAAACAGAUGUGCUGCUGGUCGAGCUCUACUGCAAGAAGGGCAGAAAGUGUGAGGAAUGCUGGGGAGCGGUUGAACUUGACCUCUCACAGCUGCCAGCAAAUACAACACAGACAUACAACGUGAUUAUUGGCAAAGGUCGGUUGGUGUUUCUGGUCACGCAGAAACCCUGUUCUGGAGUCUCCAUCUCUGACCUGAGCUCCACAACCGUAGACAACCCAUACACCUAUGAAAACACCUUGCAAAAAUAUAGUCUGAAGAAUACGCUGGACAAUCUGCAUGAUGUUGGCUAUCUCCAGGUCAAGGUUUUGCGGGCUACAGACCUUUCAUCUACUGAUCUGAAUGGUAAGAGUGACCCAUUUUGUGUGCUGGAACUUGGGAACAGCAAGCUGCAAACUCAAACAAUCUAUAAGACCAUCAAUCCAGAAUGGAGAACAGCUUUUACAUUUCCAAUUAAGGACAUCCAUGAUGUCCUAAUGCUGACUGUUUUUGGUGAAGAUGGAGACAAAGCACCAGACUUUCUGGGGAAAGUCUCUAUACCUUUGUUUUCUGUGUCUAAUGGACAACAAAUAACCAGUCUUUUGAAAAAGUACAAUUUGGAAGACUUGUCGAAGGGAAGCAUUACACUGGAAAUGAAUGUUUUCUACAAUCCAGUCAGAGCUGCUAUUCGAACCUUCCAUCCCAAAGAAACAAAGCUUGAGGAGGACAACGCAAAAUUCAAUAAAAAGCUGUUAGCACGCAACAUUUACCGUGUGAGGAGGAUCAGCAUGGCUAUUCUGUAUACGCUGCAGUACAUUAAGAGCUGCUUCCAGUGGGAGAGCACUCAGAGGAGCAUCAUUGCCUUCCUGGUCUUUGUAUUGACAGUGUGGCACUUUGAGCUGUUCAUGUUGCCUCUUUUUCUCCUGCUGCUCAUCGGUUGGAACUAUUUCCACAUCACGCCAGGCGUGGGCAGCCACAGUCAGGACCUGGAGAGCAUCUCUGCUGCAGAGGAUGAAGAUGAAGAUGAAAAGGAAUCAGAGAAAAGAGGGCUGAUGGAGAAAAUCUAUAUGGUUCAAGAAAUUGUGCUCACUGUCCAAAGCGUUCUUGAUGAAAUAGCAUCUAUCGGAGAAAGAGUAAAGAAGUAAGUGUGAAGUUUCUAC